CCGAGGUGCGCGCGCCCGCGCGUAUGUGUGUGAGUGCGUGUCUUGCUCGCUCCAUGUUGCCGCCUCUCCCGGUACCUGCUGCUGCUCCCGGGGCUGCGGGAAAUGCGAGAGGCUGAGCCGGGGAGGAGGAACCCGAGCAGCAGCGGCGGCGGCGGCGGCCGCGGCGGCGGCGGCGGCGGCGGGAGGAGCCCCCCAGGAGGAGGACCGGGAUCCAUGUGUCUUUCCUGGUGACUAGGAUGUCGUCGGAGGAGGACAAGAGCGCGGAGCAGCCGCAGCCGCCGCCACCACCCCCCGAGGAGCCCGGAGCCCCGGCCCCGAGCCCCGCAGCCGCAGACAAAAGACCUCGGGGCCGGCCUCGCAAAGAUGGCGCUUCCCCUUUCCAGAGAGCCAGAAAGAAGCCUCGAAGUAGAGGAAAAACUGCAGUGGAAGAUGAGGACAGCAUGGAUGGGCUGGAGACAACAGAAACAGAAAAUACUGUGGAAACAGCAGAAAUCAAAGAACAGUCAGCAGAAGAGGAUGCUGAAGCAGAAGUGGACAAUAGCAAGCAGCCAGUCCCGGCGCUUCAGCGCUCCGUGUCUGAGGAAUCUUCAAGCUCCCUGGUCUCUGUCGGUGUAGAAGCCAAAAUCAGUGAACAGCUCUGUGCUUUUUGUUACUGUGGUGAAAAAAGCUCCUUAGGACAAGGAGACUUAAAACAGUUUAGAGUAACGCCUGGAUUCAUUUUGCCGUGGAAAAACCAGACUUCUAACAAGAAGGAUGUUGAUGACAACAGCAAUGGAACUUGUGAGAAAACACAAAACUCAGCACCACGAAAACAAAGAGGACAGAGAAAGGAACGAUCUCCUCAGCAGAAUAUAGUAUCUUAUGUAAGUGUAAGCACGCAGACCGCUUCAGACGAUCAGGCUGGUAAAUUAUGGGAUGAACUCAGUCUGGUUGGCCUUCCAGAUGCCAUUGAUGUCCAAGCCUUAUUUGAUCCUACAGGCACUUGUUGGGCUCAUCACCGUUGUGUGGAGUGGUCACUGGGGGUGUGCCAGAUGGAAGAACCGUUACUGGUGAACGUGGACAGAGCUGUUGUCUCAGGGAGCACAGAACGAUGUGCAUUUUGUAAGCACCUUGGAGCCACUAUCAAAUGCUGUGAAGAGAAGUGUACCCAGACAUACCAUUACCCUUGUGCUGCUGGAGCCGGCACCUUCCAGGAUUUCAGCCACUUCUUCCUUCUUUGUCCAGAACACAUUGACCAAGCUCCUGAAAGAUCAAAGGAAGAUGCAAACUGUGCAGUGUGCGACAGCCCGGGAGACCUCUUAGAUCAGUUCUUUUGUACUACUUGUGGUCAGCACUAUCAUGGAAUGUGCCUGGAUAUAGCGGUUACUCCAUUAAAACGUGCAGGUUGGCAAUGUCCUGAGUGCAAAGUGUGCCAGAACUGCAAACAAUCGGGAGAAGAUAGCAAGAUGCUAGUGUGUGAUACGUGUGACAAAGGGUAUCAUACUUUUUGUCUUCAACCAGUUAUGAAAUCAGUACCAACCAAUGGCUGGAAAUGCAAAAAUUGCAGAAUAUGUGUAGAGUGUGGCACACGAUCUAGUUCUCAGUGGCACCACAAUUGCCUGGUAUGUGACAGUUGUUACCAACAGCAGGAUAACUUAUGUCCUUUCUGUGGGAAGUGCUACCACCCAGAAUUGCAGAAAGACAUGCUUCAUUGUAAUAUGUGCAAAAGAUGGGUUCACUUAGAAUGUGACAAACCAACAGAUCAUGAACUGGAUUCUCAGCUCAAAGAAGAGUACAUCUGUCUGUAUUGUAAACACUUAGCUGAGCUGGAGCCUGGUGAUGAGGUGGAGAUGGCUGAACUCGCUGCAGAUUAUAACAAUGAAAUGGAAGUUGAAGGCUCUGAAGACCACAUGGUAUUUCUGGAGCAAGCAGUUGAUAAAGAGGUCAAUGGUCAGGAGUCCAUACCUGGAAUUGUUCCAGAGGUUCCCGUCCAUACUGGAGAGCAGCAGAAGGGAGACGCCCCAGAGAGCCUCAACACGCACGCUCCUCUCGUUUCCGAAUCGUCCCAAGAUAAAAUGAAUCCUGAAUUGGAAAAUCAGAUUUCUCAUGAAAUCGGUAGUGAAAAAAUGGAAAUGUCUUCUAAAGUAAUGCAUAUUUGUAGUGAAGAUCAAAAUGAAAACAAAAUGGAAGUGACAGAGACCGUUGAAGUCCUUGUUUCCCAGGUGACUGUGCAGCGGGAGGAGCUACAGUUGUUAGCUCACCCUAAGGUAGAGGCUUCCACAGAAGAAUCAAGGCCUCCAACAGUAAUCGUUGAACCUGUCACUGUUCCACCAGAAACCUUAGUGUCCCCGUGUCGGGAAAGUACUUCUUUCUGUUCUAAGGAACCGCUGGCUACAGAGAGGGUACAAGAAGAAAUGGAACAGAAAGAAAAUUCUGAACCUUCUAAUGCAUUUAUGGACUUUGAAAUGACUCCUGCAUCUGAAAGUUCUGUGAAAGAUGGUUUAUGCCAAGAAGACAAAUCUAUAAAAUUACCGUCUGAGACAGAGUCAUCAUUUUCAUCAGCAGCGGACAUAAGCAAAGCAAAUGUGUCUUCCUCCCCACCCCUUUCUUCAGACUUGCCUUCCCACGACAUGCUGCAUAGUUACACUUCAGCUCUCAGUGCUUCUGUUGGAAACAUCAUGCCAACAACUUACAUCUCAGUCACUCCAAAAAUUGGCAUGGGUAAACCAGCUAUUACCAAAAGAAAAUUUUCUCCUGGUAGACCUCGGUCCAAACAGGGGGCUUGGAGUACACAUAAUACAGUGAGCCCACUUUCCUGGUCCCCAGACAUUUCAGAAGGUCGGGAAAUUUUUAAACCCAGGCAGCUUCCUGGCAGUGCCAUUUGGAGCAUCAAAGUGGGCCGUGGGUCAGGAUUCCCAGGAAAGCGGCGACCUCGUGGUGCGGGACUGUCAGGACGAGGUGGCAGAGGCAGAUCAAAAUUGAAAAGUGGAAUUGGGGCAGUUGUGUUACCUGGGGUGUCUGCUGCAGAUAUUUCAUCAAAUAAGGAUGAAGAAGAAAACUCGAUGCACAAUACAGUUGUGCUGUUUUCCAGUAGUGACAAGUUCACUCUGCAUCAGGAUAUGUGUGUAGUCUGUGGCAGUUUCGGCCAAGGAGCAGAGGGGAGAUUACUUGCCUGUUCUCAGUGUGGUCAGUGUUACCAUCCAUACUGUGUCAGUAUUAAGAUCACUAAGGUGGUUUUGAGCAAAGGUUGGAGGUGUCUUGAGUGCACUGUGUGUGAGGCCUGUGGGAAGGCAACUGACCCAGGAAGACUCCUGCUGUGUGAUGAUUGUGACAUAAGUUACCACACCUACUGCCUAGACCCUCCAUUGCAGACAGUCCCCAAAGGAGGCUGGAAGUGCAAAUGGUGUGUGUGGUGCAGACACUGUGGAGCAACGUCUGCAGGUCUCAGAUGUGAAUGGCAAAACAAUUACACACAGUGUGCUCCCUGUGCAAGCUUGUCUUCCUGCCCGGUCUGCUGUCGAAACUACAGAGAAGAAGAUCUGAUUCUGCAGUGUAGACAGUGUGAUAGAUGGAUGCAUGCAGUUUGUCAAAACUUAAAUACUGAAGAGGAAGUGGAAAGUGUGGCAGAUAUUGGUUUUGACUGUAGCAUGUGCAGACCCUAUAUGCCUACGUCAAAUGUGCCUUCCUCAGACUGCUGUGAAUCUUCACUUGUAGCACAAAUUGUCACAAAAGUGAAAGAACUAGAUCCACCCAAGACCUACACCCAAGAUGGUGUGUGUUUGACCGAAUCAGGGAUGACUCAGUUACAGAGCCUCACAGUGACAGUUCCAAGAAGAAAACGGUCAAAACCAAAGCUGAAAUUGAAGAUCAUAAAUCAGAAUAGCGUGGCUGUCCUUCAGACCCCUCCAGAUAUCCAGUCAGAGCAUUCAAGGGAUGGUGAAAUGGAUGACAGUCGAGAAGGGGAACUUAUGGAUUGUGAUGGAAAAUCAGAAUCCAGUCCUGAACGGGAAGCUGUGGAUGAUGAAACCAAGGGAGCAGAAGGAACAGAGGGUGUCAAAAAGAGAAAAAGGAAACCAUACAGACCAGGUAUUGGUGGAUUUAUGGUGCGGCAGAGAAGUCGAACUGGACAAGGGAAAACCAAAAGAUCUGUGAUCAGAAAGGAUUCCUCAGGCUCCGUUUCUGAGCAGUUAACUAGCAGAGAUGAUGGCUGGAGUGAGCAGCUGCCAGACACGCUAGUUGAUGAAUCUGUUUCUGUUACUGAAAACACUGAAAAAAUAAAGAAGAGAUACCGAAAAAGGAAAAAUAAACUUGAAGAAAUUUUCCCUGCUUAUUUACAAGAAGCUUUCUUUGGAAAAGAUCUUCUAGAUACAAGUAGACAAAACAAGCUAAGCUUAGAUAAUCUAUCAGAAGAUACAGCUCAACUUUCAUAUAAAACAAACAUGAACACAAAUUUCUUGGAUGCUUCCUUAGAUCCACUACUUAGUUCAUCCUCAACUCCAGCAAAACCUGGAACUCACGGUACAGCUGACGACCCCUUAGCUGAUAUUUCUGAAGUCUUAAACACAGAUGAGGACAUUCUUGGAAUAAUUUCAGAUGACCUUGCAAAAUCAGUUGAUCAUUCAGGUCUUGAUUUAUGCACUUUCCAGGUUGAGAGCUCACCUUUUCCAUUUGCGGGAAUGGAUAUCGGUCCUGUCGCUGAUGAUCCUUCCUCGUUGCCCCAGCCGAGUGUCACUCAGAGUUCGCGACCAUUGAGCGAGGAGCAGCUAGAUGGAAUCCUCAGUCCUGAACUAGACAGAAUGGUCACAGAUGGAGCAAUUCUUGGAAAGUUAUAUAAAAUUCCAGAGCUUGGAGGAAAGGAUGUUGAGGACUUGUUUACCGCUGUGCUUAGUCCUGCAACCACGCAGCCAGCCCCAUUACCACAGCCACCCCCUCCCCCUGCACCGCAGCUGCUGCCCUUACACAGCCAGGGUACGUCGCCUCUAGAAAAGUGUCAUGUUUUUUCACGGAUGCCACUCAUGAAUGGCCUUAUUGGACCCAGUCCUCAUCUCCCUCAUAAUUCUUUGCCUCCUGGAAGUGGAUUGGGAGCUUUCUCUGCCAUAGCACAGUCCCCCUACACUGAUGCCAGGGAUAAAAAUCCAGCAUUUAAUCCAGUGGCAAGUGACCCUAACAGCUCUUGGACCUCAUCGGCUCCCACUGUGGAGGGAGACAGCGAUACGAUGUCAAACGCCCAGAGAAGUGCACUCAAGUGGGAGAAGGAGGAGGCCCUGGGUGAGGUGGCGACAGUGGCUCCGGUUCUCUACACAAAUGUCAAUUUCCCCAACCUCAAGGAAGAGUUCCCUGACUGGACUACUAGAGUGAAGCAGAUAGCCAAGUUGUGGAGAAAAGCAAGCUCACAGGAAAGAGCACCAUACGUGCAAAAAGCCAGAGAUAACAGAGCUGCCUUACGCAUUAACAAAGUACAGAUGUCAAAUGAUUCCAUGAAAAGGCAGCAGCAACAAGACAGCAUCGAUCCCAGCUCUCGCAUCGAUUCCGAUCUCUUUAAAGAUCCACUAAAACAAAGAGAAUCAGAACAUGAACAGGAGUGGAAAUUUAGACAGCAAAUGCGCCAGAAAAGUAAGCAACAAGCUAAAAUUGAAGCCACCCAGAAGCUGGAACAGGUGAAGAGCGAGCAGCAGCAGCAGCAGCAGCAGCAGCAGCAGCAGCAGCAGCAGCAGCAGCAGCUGGGCCCUCCGCCACUCCUGGGACAGUGUGGCUCAGACACCCCGAGCAGCGGCGUGCAGAGCCCCGCGACCCCCCAGCCUGGCAACGGAAGUAUGUCUCCUGCACAGUCGUUCCACAAAGACCUGUUCACGAAGCAGAUGCCCAGCACCCCUACUCCUGUGUCCUCCGACGAUGUGUUUGUAAAGCCACAGGCUCCACCUCCUCCUCCAGCCUCCUCUCGGCUCCCCGUGCAGGAGAGUCUGUCACAGUCUCAGGCUUCUCAGCCGCCUUCCCCGCAGGUGUUUUCACCUGGUUCUUCUAGCUCCCGACCGCCAUCUCCAGUGGAUCCUUACGCAAAAAUGGUUGGUACCCCGAGGCCACCUCCUGGGGGCCAUGGUUUCUCCAGAAGAAAUUCUGCUGCCCUGGUGGAAAACUGCGCCCCCUUGUCAUCGGUGUCUCGGCCCGCUCUGAUGAGUGGGACAGCGGCAAACCGGCUGCCCCCGGUCACAGAUUCAUGUUCUUCCUCCACAGCAGGCAGUGACCCCUAUGCAAAGCCUCCGGACACACCUAGGCCUGUGAUGGCAGAUCCAUUUCCCAAACCCUUGGGCCUACCCCGGUCUCCUAUAGUUUCUGAACAGACUGCAAAAGGUCCUCUAGCAGCUGGAACCAAUGACCACUUUCCUAAACCAUCUCUUAGGACAGAUGCGUUUCAAAGACAGCGGAUACCUGACCCAUAUGUGCGGCCCUUGUUGACGCCUGCACCUCUUGAUGGUGGUCCUGGACCUUUUAAGACUCCACUGCAGCCUCCUCCAUCCUCUCAGGAUCCUUAUGGGCCAGUGUCGCAGGCACCGAGGCGAUUGUCUGUUGACCCUUAUGAAAGGCCUGCUUUGACACCAAGACCUGUAGAUAACUUUCCUCAUAACCAGUCAAGUGACGCAUAUAGCCAGCCUCCCCUCACUCCACAUCCGGCAGUGAAUGAAUCUUUUGCCCAUCCUUCAAGGGCUUUUUCCCAGCCUGGAACCAUAUCGAGGCCGACAUCUCAGGAUCCAUAUUCCCAGCCUCCAGGAACUCCACGACCUGUUGUGGAUUCUUAUUCCCAACCCUCAGGAACAUCUCGCUCCAAUCCAGACCCUUAUUCUCAGCCUCCUGGAACGCCCCGGCCCACCACGAUUGAUCCAUACAGUCAGCAGCCACCCACCCCAAGGCCGUCGACGCAGGCAGACUUGUUUGUUGCAUCUGCACCUAAUCAGAGGCACUCUGAUCCAUAUGCGCAUCCUCCUGGAACACCAAGGCCUGGCAUUUCUGGAGUUCCUUACUCUCAGCCACCAGCAACGCCCAGGCCAAGGGUUUCGGAGGGUUUUACUAGGUCCUCAGUGGCAAGACCAGUCCUCAUGCCAGGUCAGGAUCCUUUCCUGCAGGCAGCACAAAAUCGAGGGGUGGCGUUACCUGGCCCUCUGAUAAGGCCACCUGAUGCGUGUUCCCAAACACCGAGGCCACCAGGACCUGGUCUUUCAGACGCAUUUAGCCGUGUUUCCCCAUCUGCAACUCGUGAUCCCUACGAUCAGCCUCCAGUGACUCCAAGGUCUCAGAAUGACUCUUUUGGAACAAGUCAAGUUACUCACGAUGCUGCUGAUCAGCCGAGGCCUGGGUCAGAGGGGAACUUCAGUGCACCUCCCAGCUCUCCAGUAAAUUCCCAAGGCCAGCAGUUUUCUGGUGUCUCCCAGCUUCCUGGGCCUGUCCCAACCUCAGGAGUCACAGACACACAGAAUUCUGUAAAUAUGUCUCAAGCAGAUACAGAGAAAUUGAGACAGCGACAGAAGUUACGUGAAAUCAUCCUCCAGCAGCAGCAGCAGAAGAAGAUGGCAAGUCGACAGGAGAAAGGAUCCCAGGAUCCAGGAGCAGGGCCUCAUCCAGGUCCCCUGCAGCACUGGCAGCCGGAGAGCAUCGGCCAGGCAUUCACUCGGCCUCCACCCCCCUACCCUGGGAACAUCAGGUCACCCAUUGUCCCUCCUCUAGGACCUAGAUACGCUGUUUUCCCAAAAGACCCCCGUGGACCCUAUCCUGAUGUUACUGGCAUGGGGAUGAGGCCUCAUGGAUUUAGAUUUGGAUUUCCAGGUGGUAGUCAUGGUACCAUGUCAAGUCAGGAACGCUUCCUUGUACCUCCUCAACAAAUGCAAGGACCCGGAGUCCCUCCACAGCUGAGAAGAUCGGUAUCUGUAGAUAUGCCUCGGCCUCUAAAUAACUCACAAAUGAAUAAUCCAGUUGGACUUCCUCAGCAUUUUCCACCACAGAGCCUGCCAGUUCAGCAGCAUAACAUACUGGGCCAGGCCUUCAUUGAACUGAGGCAUAGGGCCCCUGACGGAAGACCUCGGGUUCCCUUUGCUGCUCCUCCUGGCAACCUCUUAGAGGCUUCUCAUCCAAGACAUGGAAACUUCAUUCCCCGGUCAGACUUUCCAGGCUCCAGACACGCAGACCCCAUGAGACGACCUUCCCAAGGUCUCCCUAAUCAGCUACCUGUGCAUCCAAACUUGGAACAGGUGCCACUGUCUCAGCAAGAGCAAAGCCAUCCUGUCCAUUCAUCUUCUAUGGUCAUGAGGUCUCUGAGUCAUCCCUUGGCUGGUGAAUUUUCAGACGCCCCUUUGCCUGCACCUCCACCAGCUGAAACAGCAUCUGAUAAUUUACAGAUAACCACGCAGUCUUCUGAUGGUCUCGAAGAGAAGCUCGAUUCUGAUGACCCAUCUGUAAAAGAACUGGAUGUUAAGGACCUCGAGGGGGUUGAAGUCAAAGACUUGGAUGAUGAAGAUCUUGAAAACUUAAAUCUGGAUACAGAAGAUGGCAAGGGAGAUGAACUGGAUACUUUAGGUAAUUUGGAAACGAAUGAUCCCAACCUGGAUGACCUCUUAAGGUCAGGAGAAUUUGAUAUCAUUGCAUAUACAGAUCCAGAACUUGACCUAGGAGAUAAGAAAAGCAUGUUUAAUGAGGAACUAGACCUUAAUGUUCCAAUUGAUGAUAAAUUAGAUAAUCAGUGUGUGUCUGUUGAACCCCCCAAAAAGGAGCAAGAAGAUAAAACUGUGGUUCCUUCUGAUAAACCUCCUUGGAAAAAAUCCACAGUCACCAGUGAGAUAAAAACAGAAGUAUUGUCUCCAGAUUCUAAAGGGGAAACCAAAUGUGAAAGUGAGAAAAGUGAUGAGGGUAAAGAUAAUGCUGACACUCCCUGCUCACAGGCCUCUGCGCAUGCAGACAUGAAUGGUGGGGAGAAGGCUUCUCUGCAGUCCUGUGAUACGGAUGCACUUGAGAAAAGAACUAAUCGGGAAACAGCUGGCUCCAGCACAAGUGUUCGUGGAUCCACUCAGCUGCCCGCUGAAGACGUAAUAAACUCUUGUGGUGUAACUGGAUCCACUCCAGUCCUCUCAAGUUUACUUACUAAUGAAAAAUCUGACAGUUCAGACAUUAGACCAUUGGGGUCUCCACCACCAACUUUGCCAGCCUCACCAUCCAAUCAUGUGUCAAGUUUGCCUCCCACUCUGAUGACACCACCUGGUCACGUUCUGGAUAAUACUGUGAAUUCUAAUGUGGCCGUAGUUUCCAGAUUAAACCAUACAUUCCCUCAGGGUGUGCAGGUCAAUCCAGGAUUCAUUCAGGGUCAGUCAACAGUCAAUCACAGUUUUGGGACAGGAAAACCUGCAAGUCAAACUGUGCCUCUGACAAGUCAGUCUAGUACCAGUGGCAUGUCUGGGCCCCAGCAGCUAAUGAUGCCUCAGACAUUAACCCAGCAGAACAGAGAGAGGCCCCUCCUUCUGGAAGAGCAGCCUCUGCUUCUGCAGGACCUUUUGGAUCAAGAGAGGCAAGAACAGCAACAGCAAAGGCAGAUGCAAGCCAUGAUCCGUCAGCGGUCAGAACCGUUCUUCCCUAACAUCGAUUUUGAUGCAAUUACAGAUCCUAUAAUGAAAGCCAAAAUGGUGGCCCUUAAAGGCAUAAAUAAAGUAAUGGCACAAAACAAUAUGGGCAUGCCACCAAUGGUUAUGAACAGGUUUCCCUUCAUGGGCCCUUCGGUGACGGGAGCACAAACUGGCGAAGGCCACAGUCUCCUGCCACAGGCCGUUACUCAGGAUGGCAGUAUAACACAUCAGAUUUCUAGGCCUAAUCCUCCAAAUUUUGGUCCAGGCUUCGUCAAUGAUUCACAACGUAAGCAGUAUGAAGAAUGGCUUCAGGAGACCCAGCAGCUUCUUCAGAUGCAGCAGAAAUACCUUGAAGAGCAAAUUGGUGCACACAGAAAGUCCAAGAAGGCCCUUUCAGCUAAGCAACGUACUGCCAAGAAAGCUGGGCGUGAAUUUCCAGAAGAGGAUGCAGAGCAGCUCAAGCAUGUUACUGAACAGCAAAGCAUGGUUCAGAAACAGCUAGAACAGAUUCGUAAACAGCAGAAGGAGCAUGCCGAGUUGAUUGAAGAUUAUCGGAUCAAGCAGCAGCAGCAGCAGCAGCAGCAGUGUGCAAUGGCCCCGCCAACUGUAAUGCCAGGAGUCCAGCCCCAGCCACCCCUGGUCCCAGGUGCCCCCCCGCCCACCUUGAGCCAGCCCGGCUUCCCCAUGGUGCCUGCGCAGCUGCAGCACCAGCAGCAUGCAGCCGUCAUCGGCCACAGCAGCCCGGCCAGAAUGCCCAGCUUGCCUGGGUGGCAGCCCGCCAGUGCCCCUUCUCACCUUCCCCUCAAUCCUCCCAGGGUCCAGCCUCCCGUUGCCCAGUUACCAAUAAAAACUUGCACCCCAGCCCCAGGGGCAGUGUCGAAUGCAAAUCCACAGAGUGGACCACCACCACGGGUGGAGUUUGAUGACAAUAAUCCCUUUAGUGAAAGCUUCCAAGAACGAGAACGAAAGGAGCGCCUACGAGAGCAGCAGGAGAGACAGCGCAUCCAGCUCAUGCAGGAGGUGGACAGACAGAGGGCUCUGCAGCAGAGGAUGGAAGUGGAGCAGCACGGCGUGAUGGGCUCGGAGCUGGGCGGUAGGACCUCCGUGUCCCAGGUUCCCUUCUACAGCUCUGACCUGCCUUGUGAUUUCAUGCAGCCCCCAAGGCCCCUUCAGCAGUCGCCACAACACCAACAGCAAAUGGGGCAGGUUUUACAGCCCCAGACUAUGCAGCAAGGAUCCAUUAAUUCACCCCCCACCCAGAGUUUCAUGCAAACCAACGAACGAAGGCAGAUAGGACCUCCCCCGUUUGUUCCUGACACACCGUCAGUUCCUGGUGGAAGCCCAAAUUUCCAUUCUGUUAAGCAGGUGCAUGGAGGUCUUCCUGGGGCUGGCUUCCAGCCGUCCCCAGUGAGGCCUCCUUUUACACCUGCUUUACCUGCAGCACCUCCAGUGGCUAACAGCAGUCUCCCGUGUGGCCAGGACCCUGCUGUAACCCAUGGGCAAAGUUAUCCAGGAUCAGCCCAGUCUCUCAUUCAGUUAUAUUCUGAUAUAAUCCCAGAAGAAAAGGGGAAAAAGAAAAGAACAAGAAAGAAGAAGAAAGAUGAUGACACAGAAUCUACCAAGGCACCUUCAACUCCGCAUUCGGAUAUAACUGCUCCACCGACCCCGAGUGCCUCCGAAACUACCUCCACCCCUACGGUGAACACGCCCGGCGAGCUUCCCCAGCUCGCAGAGCCUGAGGCGGUGGAGCCAGGCGGCCCGUCGGCUCCCGACCCGGCCACCGGCCAGCUGUGUCCAGAACUGGAGAGCAAACUGCCCACUAGUGACUUCUCACAAGGAACCCCAAGCCAGCAGACCUAUGCAAAUUCAGAGGUGGAUAAGCUCUCCAUCGAAACCCCUGCCACGGUGGAAGAGGUAAAACUGGAGACGGCUGAGCCAGAGCAGCGCCCAGGCCAAGAUGGGCCUGAGCUGGAGGAGCGCACGGAGGAUCAGGCCAAGGAAAAGGCUGCGGCUGGCCCUGCCUCCGCCGGGCAGAGUCCUUCCCGUCCUGCUGGGGCUCCUGCUUCCAAAGGAGAUUCGGGCAAUGAACUUCUGAAGCACCUGCUGAAAAACAAAAAGGCUUCUUCCCUUUUAAAUCAAAAACCAGAAGGUGGUUUUUGUUCAGAAGAGGACUGUACAAAGGACAACAAACUAGUAGAGCGGCAGAACCCAGCCGAAGUGCAAACUUUGGGGGCUCAAAUGCAAGGUGGUUUUGGAUGUGGCAACAACCAGUUGCCAAAAACAGAUGGAGGAAGUGAAACCAAGAAACAGCGAAGCAAACGGACUCAGAGGACUGGGGAGAAGACAGCACCUCGCUCAAAGAAAAGGAAAAAGGAAGAGGAGGAAAAACAAGCUUUGUACUCUACCGCCGACACCUUUACCCACCUGAAACAGCAGCUCUCUCUGCUCCCUCUAAUGGAACCAGUCAUUGGAGUGAACUUUGCCCACUUUCUUCCUUACGGCAGUGGCCAGUUUAAUAGUGGGAAUCGACUUCUAGGAACUUUUGGCAGUGCUACCCUUGAAGGGGUUUCGGAUUACUAUUCUCAGUUGAUCUACAAGAAUAAUUUAAGUAAUCCUCCAACACCCCCUGCCUCUCUUCCUCCUACACCACCUCCUCUGGCCUGUCAGAAGAUGGCAAACGGCUUUGCAACAACUGAAGAGCUUGCUGGGAAAGCUGGCGUACUGGUGAGCCAUGAAGUUACCAGAAGUCUAGGACCUAAACCAUUUCAGCUACCUUUCAGACCGCAAGACGACUUGUUAGCCAGAGCUAUUGCUCAGGGCCCCAAGACAGUGGAUGUUCCCGCCUCCCUCCCAACACCACCGCAUAAUAACCAGGAAGAGUUAAGGAUACAGGAGCACGCCGCUGAUCGCGAUACUCCAGACAGUUUUGUGCCCUCGUCCUCUCCCGAAAGUGUGGUUGGGAUGGAAGUGAGCAGGUACCCAGACUUGUCGCUGGUCAAAGAGGAGCCUCCAGAGCCAGUGCCGUCCCCUGUCAUCCCCAUCCUCCCCAGCAGUGCCGGGAAAGGUUUGGACUCCAGAAGGAAUGACAUAAAAACUGAGCCAGGCACUUUAUUUUUCACAUCACCUUUCGGUUCAUCCCCAAACGGUCCCAGGUCGGGCCUGAUCUCUGUGGCAAUCACUCUGCAUCCUACAGCUGCUGAGAACAUCAGCAGUGUUGUGGCUGCCUUUUCCGACCUCCUUCACGUGCGAGUCCCUAACAGCUACGAGGUUAGUAAUGCACCAGAUGUUCCAGCCGUGGGUUUGGUCAGUAGCCACAGAGUAAACCCAGGUUUGGAGUAUCGACAGCGUUUAUUUCUUCGUGGGCCUCCACCAGGACCUGCAAACCCGCCCAGAUUAGCAAGCUCCUACCACCUGAAGCAGCCUAACGUGCCGUUCCCUCCAGCGAGCAAUGGUCUUUCUGCAUAUAAGGAUUCCAGUCGUGGUAUCACGGAGAGCGCGGCUCUCAGACCGCAGUGGUGCUGUCACUGCAAAGUGGUCAUUCUGGGAAGCGGGGUGCGGAAGUCGGUCAGAGACCUGGCCUUCGUGAACAAGGAUUCCCGAGAAAGCUCCAGUCGAGUGGAGAAGGAUAUUGUCUUCUGUAGUAAUAACUGCUUUAUUCUCUAUUCGUCAACUGCACAAGCAAAAAACUCAGAAAGCAAGGAAUCCAUUCCUUCGUUGCCACAGUCACCUGUGAAAGAGACGCCUUCCAAAGCGUUUCAUCAGUACAGUAACAACACCUCCACCUUAGACGUGCAUUGUCUCCCGCGGCUCCAGGAUCGAGCUUCGCCCCCUGCAUCACCUCCCAUCACUUUCCCUCCUGCUUUUGAAGCAGCCAAAGUAGAGGCAAAGCCAGAUGAGCUUAAGGUAACAGUGAAGUUAAAGCCUCGGCUCAGGGCUGUGCACGGCGGGUUCGACGACUGCAGGCCCGUCACAAAGAAGUGGAGGGGGAUGAAGUGGAAGCGGUGGAGCAUCCACAUCGUGGUCCCCAAGGGGGCGUUCAAGCCCCCCUGUGAGGAUGAAAUCGAUGAAUUUCUGAAAAAACUGGGCACGUCUCUGAAACCCGACCCUGUGCCCAAAGACUAUCGGAAGUGUUGCUUCUGUCACGAGGAGGGUGAUGGCCUGACGGACGGACCAGCCAGGCUGCUCAACUUGGACUUGGACCUGUGGGUGCACUUGAACUGCGCCCUUUGGUCCACGGAGGUCUACGAGACCCAGGCCGGGGCCUUAAUAAACGUGGAGCUGGCCCUGAGGAGAGGCCUGCAGAUGAAAUGUGUCUUCUGUCAUAAGACGGGUGCCACCAGCGGAUGCCACCGAUUUCGCUGUACCAACAUUUAUCACUUCACUUGCGCCAUUAAAGCACAAUGCAUGUUUUUUAAAGACAAAACCAUGCUUUGUCCCAUGCACAAACCAAAGGGAAUUCACGAGCAGGAACUGAGUUACUUCGCCGUCUUCAGGAGGGUCUACGUCCAGCGCGACGAGGUCCGGCAGAUCGCCAGUAUCGUGCAGCGCGGGGAGCGUGACCACACCUUCCGCGUGGGCAGCCUCAUCUUCCACGCCAUCGGCCAGCUGCUCCCACAGCAGAUGCAGGCAUUCCAUUCCCCCAAAGCGCUCUUCCCCGUGGGCUACGAGGCCAGCCGGCUAUACUGGAGCACGCGCUACGCCAACCGCCGCUGCCGCUACCUGUGCUCCAUCGAGGAGAAGGACGGGCGUCCGGUGUUUGUCAUCCGCAUCGUGGAGCAGGGCCACGAAGACCUGGUCCUGAGUGACAGCUCCCCGAAAGGUGUUUGGGAUAAAAUUUUGGAGCCUGUGGCAUGUGUGAGGAAAAAAUCUGAAAUGCUCCAGCUUUUCCCAGCCUACUUAAGAGGAGAAGACCUGUUCGGCUUGACGGUGUCUGCGGUGGCACGGAUUGCCGAGUCCCUCCCCGGGGUGGAGGCAUGUGAGAACUACAGCUUCCGCUACGGCCGGAACCCUCUCAUGGAGCUGCCUCUUGCCGUCAACCCCACAGGUUGUGCCCGUUCUGAACCUAAAAUGAGUGCCCAUGUCAAGAGGUUUGUGUUAAGGCCUCACACCCUGAACAGCACCAGCACCUCCAAGUCGUUUCAGAGCACAGUCACCGGGGAGCUCAGUGCCCCGUACAGCAAGCAGUUUGUCCACUCCAAGUCAUCCCAGUACCGGAAGAUGAAGGCCGAGUGGAAGUCCAACGUGUACCUAGCCCGGUCUCGGAUUCAGGGCCUGGGCCUCUACGCUGCCCGGGACAUCGAGAAGCACACCAUGGUCAUCGAGUACAUCGGGACCAUCAUCCGGAACGAAGUGGCCAACAGGAAGGAGAAGCUCUACGAAUCCCAGAACCGAGGUGUGUACAUGUUCCGCAUGGACAACGACCACGUGAUCGACGCCACGCUCACGGGAGGGCCUGCGAGGUACAUCAACCAUUCGUGUGCACCGAACUGUGUGGCUGAGGUGGUUACCUUUGAGCGAGGACACAAGAUUAUCAUCAGCUCCAGUCGGAGGAUCCAGAAGGGAGAAGAGCUUUGCUAUGACUAUAAGUUUGACUUUGAGGACGACCAGCACAAGAUCCCCUGUCACUGCGGAGCCGUGAACUGCCGGAAGUGGAUGAACUGAGCACCCCUUGCUGUCGAGGGCGGCUCGUCCCUGGGAAGAAGCGAUUCAACACACCGUUUGAAUUUCGCAGACAGAAAGAUGUUUUUGUUUUCUGUUUUAUGACUUUUGAAAACUAGCUUCUGGGAGUUCUGAUUUCCUCAGUCCUUCAGGGUGAAGGAGCACAGGAGAAAGCCGAUGGAGGCAGCCUUCCUGAAGUUGCUGAGGUGAACCGGAAUUACAGAAUGGUCCAGCACUUUUUUUUCUUUUACUUUUUCUUUUUUCUUCUUGUGGGUGGGUUUUGUUUUGUUUUGUUGUUUUAGUCUCACUAAGGAGAAACUUUUACUGGGGCAAAGAGCCGAUGGCUGCCCUGCCCCAGGGCAGGGGCCUUCCUAUGAAUGUAAGACUGAAAUCACCAGCGAAAGGGAGAUGUCCAAAGUGCUGGCCACGGCCUUAUUUGAAAAAGGGGCAGGCCCUCUAAUUUAAAAAUUUUUUUAAAUAAAGUAGACACCACUGAACAAGGAAUGUACUGAAAUGACUUCCUUAGGGAUAGGGCUAAGGGAUAAUAACUUGCACUAAAAUACAUUUAAAUACUUGAUUCCAUGAGUCAGUUUAUUGUAGUUUUUGAUUUCUGUAAAAUAAGAGAAACUUUUUGUAUUUAUUAUUGAAUAAGUGAAUGAAGCUAUUUUUAAAUAAAAGUUAGAAGAAAGCCAAGCUGCUGCUGUUACCUGCAGAACUAACGAACCCUGUUACUUUGUACAAACAUGUAAAUAUUUUGAGAAAAAAUACAGUAUAAAGAUAGUUAUUGACCAAAUGCUACCAGGCUCUGCAGCAGCUCGGGUGCUUAUAAAACGUGCAUAGGGGUGUCACAGUAUGACGCCAUGUUAUUAAACAUGCCAUUACAAUUAUGUAACAACCAAAAUUUCCACCUAGAGUGUUCGGGGUUUUUUGGAAACUACGAUCUAUUAGUACUGAGUUGUUUUAUACACCUUACUUCUGACAGAACGGAGUGUAUGCUAUGACUACAACUUUUAUAGCCGUUUUGGUAAUUUAAACAAAUUUUUUCAUAUUAUAUUGUUGCAUCCCUACUUCUUCAGUCAGGUUUUUUUGUGCUUACAAUUUGUGAUAACUGUGAAUAACUGCUUAAAAAUACACCCCAAUGGAGGCUGAAUUUUUCUUCAGCAAAAGUAGUUUUGAUUAGAACUUUGUUUCAAGCCACAGAGAAUCAUGUAAACAUACUAGGAUCAUGUAGCAGGAACUCAAAUCUAACUCUCGACCUUCUAUUUAACACAAAAAUUUGAAGAAAAAAAAAAAAAAAGGAGCGAUGUCAUUGCUUGCGGCUGCAGGACCCCGGCAAUAGGGUUUGGAAGAUGUAAUUUUAAAAUGUGUUUGUAUGAACUGUUUGUUUACAUUUCUUUAAUAAAAAAAAAAAACACUGUUUUGUGUUUGCUUGUAGAAACUUAAUCAGCAUUUUGAACCAGGUUAGCUUUUUAUUUUGUACUUAAAAUUCUGGUACUGACACUUCACAGACUAAGUAUAAAAUGAAGUUUUUGUGUGCACAAUUCAAGUGGACUGUAAGCUGUUGGCAUAUUCAGUGAUGCAGUUCUGAACUUGUAUAUGGCAUGAUGUAUUUUUAUCUUACAGAAUAAAUCAAUUGUAUAUAUUUUUCUCUUGAUAAAUAGCUGUAUGAAAUUUGUUUCUUGAAUAUUUUUCUUCUCUUGUACAAUAUUCUGACAUUCUACCAGUAUUUGUCUUACCGGGUUUUUGUUUUGUUUUCUGUUCUGUAUAAUAGUAUCUAAUGUUGGCAAAAAUUGAAUUUUUUGAAGUAUACAGAGUGUUAUGGGUUUUGGAAUUUGUGGACACAGAUUUAGAAGAUCACCAUUUACAAAUAAAAUAUUUUACAUCUACAAAA